UCAUCCUGACGGACGAGGAGGUUCAGAGGAAGCGCGAGAUGAUACUGAAGCGCAAGGAGGAGGAAGCGCUCAAGGAGAGCCUGAAGCCCAAGCUCUCAGAGGAGCAGCAAAAAGUCAUCGACAUCCUCCUUGAGGCUCACCGCAAAACCUACGACCCCACGUACGCCGACUUCAUCAAGUUUCGGCCGCCCGUGAGGAGCAACCCUGGCAACAGGGGGGCAGCCAAGUCCUCCUCCAGCCUCAGCCAGAACUUGUCGGAUGAUUCCACCGACCUCUUCGGCUCCGAUGCCUUCAGCGCGUUUCCAGAGUCUGUGGAGCCGCCAACGUUUUCGAACCUGGUUCUCUCCGAGGAGAAUGAUGAGAGCUCCUCCAUGAACAUCGAGUUCUCCCGCCUCUCCAUGCUCCCACACUUGGCCGACCUGGUCAGCUACAGCAUACAGAAGGUGAUCGGCUUUGCCAAAAUGAUCCCGGGAUUCAGGGACCUGGCAGCGGAGGACCAGAUCAUCCUACUGAAAUGCAGCGCCAUCGAGGUGAUCAUGCUGCGCUCGAACCAGUCCUUCACCCUCGAGGACAACUGCGCCAGCAACGACUUCAAGUACGCCAUCAACGACGUCACCCAAG